AUGGCUGCGCCCGUUCCGGUCGCGUCCGGCCCCUGCGCAAUUGAGUCCAGCCCACAGGACACUGCGGCAGCUACGGUGGCUGCAGCGGCUGCAGCAGCAGCUGCCAUGGCAACUGCUGCGGCCUCCACGGGCUCUACAUUUCGGCACCCUUCGGGUGUACUGGGCCAGUCGGUUCAACCAGCACCAGCCCAUCUGGUAUCACAGCAGAAGCCUUUCGGUCAAUCAUGGCUUCCCUCUUCUCUUGGAUCGGCCUCAGCCCCAGGGCCAUUGGCUGCACAGGCAGGAGCCGGUCUGAGUCUGGGACAACUGCAGAUUCUGCACCAGCAUCUUCUUGCUCAGCAUCAACAACUUCUCGCCCAGACACAAGAGGUCAGACAAGCGCAAUCACAGCUGAAGCAGUCCAAAUUAGACACACGUAAGCCUCGCAGCGUUGCAAUUCAUAUGCGCGAUCUUUUCUCUUAUUGCCAUAUUAUAAUGGCAAUUCAUUUCUUAUUUUUCGCUUAUAAUUAA